GAUUUUUUUUGUUUCUGUGUAGAUCAGUAAAAAGUUAAUUUAUUACGUGCUGUCUCUAUUGUCCCUAAUUUACUUUGCCAGCGCAGCGACUCUUCUCAGAUAGGUGAGUUGCAGUCUUCGCUUUCUAGCAACUUACUUGGUUUCACGUGUGGGGGAUCUCAACUCUUUAUGCUGCUGAGAUAAACUGCGAAAUGCCAGCUGUUUGUGAUUCAGUGAUUGAAGACAUUGAAGACAUGGUUUCUUCACAAGAUCCCUUGCCAAACGAGCGUCAGUUUGCAAGAAAAAAUGUUGUUCCCAGAGUGAGAAAACGACUCCAGCACAAGGACACGGAAGACCUGCAGGCAGAUAGUGUCAUACCUGGUACACAAAAGAUAUGGAUGAAGACAUGGGGCUGCUCACAUAAUAACUCAGAUGGAGAAUACAUGGCUGGACAGCUGGCAGCUUAUGGAUAUAAAAUGACUGAGAAUUCUUCUGAAGCUGAUCUGUGGUUGCUGAACAGUUGCACAGUUAAAAGUCCAGCUGAAGACCACUUCAGAAACUCAAUCAGGAAAGCAGAAGAGCAAAAUAAAAAGGUGGUGGUGGCAGGGUGUGUUCCCCAAGCGCAGCCUCGAAUGGACUACCUCAAGAAUCUUAGCAUCAUUGGGGUUCAGCAGAUAGACCGUGUUGUUGAAGUAGUUGAAGAAACCAUUAAAGGUCACUCUGUAAGACUACUGGGUCAGAAAAAGGAUAAUGGAAAACGGUUGGGGGGAGCACGAUUGGAUUUGCCGAAGAUUAGGAAAAACCCACUGAUAGAAAUCAUUUCCAUCAAUACAGGGUGUCUAAAUGCAUGCACUUAUUGUAAAACAAGGCAUGCCCGAGGUGAACUAGCAAGUUAUCCAAUCGAUGAAUUAGUAGAAAGAUCAAAGCAGUCUUUUCUAGAGGGAGUUUGUGAGAUAUGGCUGACUAGUGAAGACACUGGCGCUUACGGGAGAGACAUUGGCACAGAUCUACCAACCCUCCUGUGGCGCCUUGUCGAGGUGAUUCCUGAAGGAGCAAUGCUGAGGCUCGGCAUGACCAACCCUCCUUACAUUCUAGAGCAUCUGGAGGAAAUGGCGAAGAUUCUCAAUCAUCCCCGGGUAUACUCCUUCCUUCAUGUACCUGUACAGUCAGCAUCUGACAGCGUUCUCAUGGCCAUGAAGAGGGAGUACUGUGCUGCAGAUUUCAGACGGGUCGUAGAUUUUUUAAAGGAGAAGGUUCCAGGAAUCAACAUUGCUACGGACAUUAUCUGUGGAUUCCCAGGUGAAACAGAUGAAGAUUUCAAGGAAACUCUUAGGCUGGUUGAGGAAUAUGAAUUCAAGAGCCUUUUCAUCAAUCAGUUUUAUGCACGGCCAGGCACACCAGCUGCAAAAAUGGAGCAGGUUCCAGCACAAGAGAAAAAACAAAGAACAAAGGAGCUGUCGGCUUUGUUUCAUUCGUAUACACCUUAUGAUCGCAAGGUUGGGGAAAGGCAGCAGGUUCUGGUGACAGAGGAAUCCUUUGAUUCUAACUACUACGUCGCUCAUAACAAAUUCUACGAACAGGUUCUUGUUCCCAAAAAGCCAGAAUUUAAAGGCAAAAUGAUAACUGUGGAUAUAUUUGAAGCUGGAAAAUAUUUUAUGAAAGGACAGCCAGUGGACAAUGCUAUAGUCUUCACACCUUCCAUUGUAAAGCCACUGGACAAGGGACUAGUCUCUGGCUUAAAAAACGAGUUCCCUGCCGUGGAACAAGAUGGAGUGAAGUCCAAGGACGCCCACAGUUCAUCUGGCAUCCUGCAGACACUGUGGCAAUGGGAAGAUUCAAGACUGAAGAUGGUGUCCAUAGGCCUGGCUAUCCUAGCCUUCAUCAUUAUUUACAGCAUGGAGAAAUUAGGCUAAAGGACGAUUAACCCGACCAAGCAAGGCUUCCAGUAGUAUGGUAUGAGUGUGGUGGAAAGAGGGAGGAAGAACAUAGAAAGGUCCCUCACGUGGUAUGACACUGAUUGCUUGAUGCAAGUCUGAGCUCAGUGGACUGUACAGCUGCUGCUCAUUAUUAAAUCAGUAUGGUCAUAAAAGGUAAUAAAAAAUAUGCAUUUGAAAAUUGGAAUGUCUGAGAUUGAACAUAAGCCAGGUUCAAAUGAUUGCAUUUGAGCCAUUUGUUGGUUUUAUUUUUUGCUCUGAUGUAUGUAUGUUAUGUAGAAACUGCUUUUAUUUUUAAAAGAUUUUAUGGCAAUGUACAGCAGAUUGUGCUCAUUUUUAUUUCCUGUGUAUAUUCAGUUUUAUUGUUUGGAAGCCUAAAUAAACUCCAUCCGGCCUAUCCCA